AUGGCCAGCACCGUGGAGAAAGUUGCUGAUGUCGCAUCCGAUGCCGUCAACGACGUUACCAACGCUCUGAGCAACACUUCCCUCACCGGCAAGGACGAGAACAAGGAUGCCGCCGUCCAUGCCAGUGCCGCCGAGGGUCGCCGCCUGUACAUCGGCAACCUCGCAUAUGCGACAACUGAGGGGGAGUUGAAGGAAUUCUUCAAGGGUUACCUUGUCGAGUCCGUUUCUAUUCCCAAGAACCCCCGUACUGACCGCCCUGUCGGUUACGCUUUCGUUGACCUGUCUACCCCCACCGAAGCCGAGCGCGCUAUUGCUGAGCUCUCGGGCAAGGAGAUUCUCGAGCGUAAGGUCUCGGUUCAACUUGCCAGAACUCCCACCUCCGCUGGUGAGAAGACUGAGAGCGCUGCCAAUGGCGAGGGUGCCGAGGGUGCCCGCCGCAAGGCUUCUGGUCGUGGUCGCGGUCGCGGACGUGGCCGUGGUGGUCGUGCAGGCCGCGCCGGUCGAUCUGACGGAGGAAAUGAGGAAGCCCCCGCCACCGAGGAGGCUGCUGCCGCUCCCGCCGAGGCAGCUACUACUGAAGAGGUUCAACCAUUGAGCGACAUCACCAACAAGAUCAAUGCUGACUCAUCCAAGACUGCCAAGGACAAGCAGGACAAGAACCGCCCUGCUCAGAAGCGCGAGCGCGGACCCCCUGCCGACGGUAUCGCCUCGAAGAACAAGGUCAUGGUUGCCAACCUGCCCUACGACCUGACCGAGGAGAAGCUCAAGGAGCUCUUCGCAGCAUACGAGCCAUCUUCUGCCAAGAUUGCUCUCCGCCCAAUCCCUCGCUUCAUGAUCAAGAAGCUCCAGGCCCGUGGUGAGCCUCGCAAGGGACGUGGCUUCGGUUUUGUCACGUUGGCCUCGGAAGAGUUGCAGCAGAAGGCCGUUACAGAGAUGAACGGCAAGGAGAUUGAGGGUCGUGAGAUUGCUGUCAAGGUCGCCAUCGACAGCCCCGACAAGACCGACGAGGAGGCUAACAUCCCUGCCGAGUCUGAGUCUAAGCCCGAGGAGACCGAUGCCGCCGCCGCCCCGGCUGCUACAGCCUAA